AUGCGCGCGUCAGAGCCUUUUCUGGAACUAGAAGCUGGCAAGAAUGUGUCCCGCCACCUGCAAACCAGUUUCACCGCUUCACGGAAGGCGCUGACAAAUUGCACCCAACCAGGUUUAUUGACGACCAGAAACGAAACGAGUACGGAAUGCCCGCGUUUUGUACAGGCCUUUUUGCGUUGACAUUUGACGACGCACCAACCGACAACUUCGAGCGGAUGUUGGAUGUAUUAAAAGAACAUCACGUACCGGCGACAUUGUUCGUCAUCGGAGACAAGCUCCGUGACCCUGAAUCAGUUGCGCUGCUGAAGCGCGCCGAAAAGGAGGGUAACAGACCAAGGAAACCAACAUACGAUGAGUGCAUUCAUUUCUUCCUGCGUCAUGGAAGGACAUUUGAUCGAGAACCACUCAUGGGACCACCCCCAUUUGAGCAAGUUGAGCGAUGAUGAGAUCCGGCAUGAAAUCGAGCGGACCGAGCAAAUUUUCCAUGAGCAACUGGGACAUGGGAGCCGGUUUAUGCGAGCGCCAUAGUAAGCUCACGACCUCUUGUUUUAGCCAAAAGUAAAAACUCUAUAUGUCCUUUCAGUGGGGACGUUGGCAAUUUGAUUCCAAUAGCCGCUGAAUACAAAUUGACAGUUGUCGGCUGGUCCGCCUGCUUGGAUGUGAAGCCAAAAAAAGGUCGUGUCACAGUGGAGUCUAGACUCUCUGAAGCUGAACGGACAACGCCAUCGCAGAUUUGCUUGCUGCAUGACUCAUCCCCUCUGGUGAAGACGAAAUCCAUUGACGCACUCCCGGAAAUCAUCAAGCUUGUGAGUGGAAAAGGAUAUAAGUUUGUGACACUCGCGGAAUGUCUCAAAGGCUAAGGUUCUUCAUAAGACACAAGAUGUUUUCUUUCUGAUUGAAUGAGACAAUCGACGUUUUCUCGACGUUUUGAGUGACAUUGAGCGAAGGAAAGUCAACGGGCUUCUGAGAGGCUCCUGUGAUUCAUUCACAGCGAGAAACCACUCAAAAAGUUGCUGGAAAAUAAGUGGGUCAGCUCUGUAGUACGUAUAAGCGGGUCAGACGCGUAAGUGGGUCAGCGAUCGAACGGGAUCAUUGAUGAAAUUCACCACAACCACAUCCAAUUCGUCAUUGUGCGUGGAAAACGUUUCGGCCCGUGAUGACAACAAUGAUCACCGUAACGAUGCGAAGGCGAGGCCCGAAGGGCCGAGCCGAGCAACGACUAGCCAGCGAUUGACUCAACUCCUCCGCUUCGGUCUGCGCUUCGCGCAUCCCUCGCUCCACCAUACAUGAAUCACUCAGAUUGACUGACCUGCCUAGGCCACACCCCCUCCCCUUCGGAUAUGACUAUAUUUCAUCAUGUUUCCUCGACUGUCCAAGUAUCUCCUGUCUCCUGACUCCAGAUUGAUUCUUUUGUCCAGUGUCAUUGCAUUCGACUGUAUAUUCAACUCUUUCCAUGUCCGUAUUCUCAACAACGAUUCCUGCCAUCUACUCAGUCAGAUCCAUCUAUCUCCCUCUUGCCAAGCCCCCAAUCCAUCCAUCCAUCCAUCCCUUCUCAACUAUCUAACAAGCAACGUAAUCCAAGCCCAUCUUUGUCGGUUGUGUACUCUCGUGGGUCUCACACCUCCCUCUCCCUCUCUCUACUAUCUACAUCUGUGGCUGUCCUACUCUAUCCCCCACCACUAUAUUUCGAUCUUCAAGGGCUCUGGAACAACUUCUUCGUGUGGGCCAUUCUGCGCUGCAGGUCGAGUGUUGUGAGCGGGCGCCCCCCGUCGCCGCCAAAGUACGACCGCCCCCCCCCACGACCUCUGCCGCCACGCCCGCCACCUCUGCCACCUCUGCCGCCUCUGCCACCACCACCGCCACGCCCAUCCUUGUCGUCCCAACUGCAAAUGAGAGGGACAGAAAGGCGGCACCUGUUCUCAUGUGUGUGGGUUUGCUGCAGCACACCAGUCUGAUGUGCCGGGUGUUUCCUGGCACGAGAAUACCCAGGCCUGGGUGGCUUCAUGGCACGAGGGCGGCAAGCCGAAGUUCGAGAACUUCUACGUUAGUGAGCACGGCUUCCACAAGGCCAAGGUAACCACUUAAUCGGCUGAACUUCAUGCUGUUAUGUCAGCGUCAUGUUGCACCUGUAUGUAUGUGUGUGUAUGUCAGGUGUUGGCUGAGGAGCACCGUCUCGAGAUGGAGCGUAGCGGGCGGGCGUCUGUGCGGAAGCCGGCUGAGCACCAGAGCGGCGUCAGGGGCGUCAACUACAUGCAGAGAAACCAUGCAUGGCGGGCCGAAUGGCAGGAGGCCGGCGAGAAGAAGGGCAAGACCUUCUCCGUCAAGGAGCUUGGCUUCGAGAAGGCCAAGCAGAUGGCCAUCGCACACCGGCGGGCCAUGGAGUCAAGGCACUACACGUUUGUCGGCAAGGGUAGCAGCAGAGCAGCCCGCCGUAGAUGA